GUCCAAAUUUUCAAUACUUUCGUUACAAAAAUGUUAUUUUUAAAAACAUUAUCAAAGAUAAUUGCACCACAUUUGUCUCGCUUCCAAAAAACACAGAGUAGAACCUGUCAUAGCGUAUUUGACUUCAAGGAAUUACUCCAACAUGAAAAGCCAGACCAGUUCACAGUGCACCCGUUGACGAGCGAGCACCACCAGAUGGCGCUGGAUGCUAUUAAGCGGCACUACCUUAGCGAACACGUGUUGGUGCGCGCGCGCAAGAUGGACCUCAACGACCGAGCGCUGGACGAGUACCUCGUUAGCUUGAUGAAACAGGGUAAUUCACUCUACGCGAAAGCAGAAGACGAUGCUGUGGCAGGGGUGUGCGUCAAUUUUGCCAGCAGCCAGGUCGACCCGAGGAAUUUACGGGUCUACGCUCAAUACAGACAGGAUCCGAACAUCAAGGACUUCUUAUGCUUCACAGCAAAAUUACAAGAAACGCCUAAUCUCUGGGAAGCUUUCAAGCAAACAAAGAUUUUUGAAAUAAAAAUGUUAACAGUGUUGCCCGAAUACCGAAGACAAGGGCUGGCGGUGACUCUGACGGAGCGGUCGAAAGAGCUGGCAAUCGAUCUGGGGUACAAAGUUAUCCGCAUGGACUGCAUUAACCCUUACGAUUACAAAGUGGCCGAGCGCUGCAUGCUGCAUUGCAUCGUGAAGUUUCCCUUACACAAGCUGCGCGGGCCGCACGCGCCAUACAUAAAACGCAGUUCAGAACUAAACCAAUGCGUGCGAGUGUACGUAGAGGCGCGUGCGCAAAUUGACGCGCCAGAUCAGACCAAACUGGGCAAUAAGCUGGAAUUAGAAAGCCUCAUCGAGUGAUGUGAAAUUGUCUAUGAGUACCAUGUUAUUUGUCUUCAAAUAAAUACACAUUUAAAAAAAAAUGUCUUGCUUGGUUUUUUGACAAGUGAUUUAUUUAGCUACAUAAAUGCAAAUAGGAACUUUUUAUGUACCACGUGUGUGUAUAUCAAACGUACCAGCUCGGAACUAAACCAGUGCGUGCGAGUGUAAGGCGCGUGCGCAGAUUGACGCGCCAGAUCAGACCAGCCUGGGCCAUAAGCUCGACCUAGAGAGCCUCAUCGAGUGAUGUGAAAUUGUUCAUGAGUUUGAGUACCAUGAUGUUUUUUUCUUCAAAUAAAUACACCUUUAAAAAAAGUAUCUUGCUUGGUUUUUUGACAGGUGAUUUAGCUACAUAAAUGCAAAU